CUUUAGAAUGACCUUAGCUAUGAUUGCAUGAUUAAAGAAUCUGAUUAAUUAUUCUCUGUCAUUUGCAAAUCUGAAACGAAACUGUCUGAGAAGUGUUAACUUUUUGAGUGGUGCCGUCGAUUCACGAACUACCUACGGAGUAAUAUCGUGUGUCUUCACGGUCUUUUUCACAGAGUCAAGUACAGACAUUUUCAUUUUAAAGAGAAAGUGAAGGUGAGUAAAGAAAGUCGUAUAUUUUGACUGUAGACGAAAGCGGAAGCGCCAAGCAUUAUUCCUUCGCUAUGAUUUGAACCAAGACAAAGCGGGUUAUUAUCAAUUUCAGAUGACUAACUUUAGCAUAGAUAAACGUCCAAGAGCGAAGGCCGUAGAUUAAAAACUCCUCAAUGCAUUUGUUUUAAUUUUACACGACACAGGAAUGAGCUAAACAACAUUGGACGCUGUGAGAAUUAAGUCAUGCAUAUGGCCGUAUGACUUUGUCUUUGUCACUUAUUUUCAUUACUCCUUGAUAGUUCAUCUACUCGAUCAAUUCCCUUCCGAGCCAGUUCAAGUGACGAGUAUUUAUAAUGAUUGCAGUUAAAAGAUACUGAUCCGCUUAUUUUAGUCAAGUCUAUAGUCAAAACGGCGAUAGCUGAUACUUGUCCAGACGUAAACAAAUACAUUAAGAUGUCUUGAAGAUAACAAAUGGCUAAAACUGUUCGGUAAAGUUAUUAUGAAUUUUAAAGCAAAGGAGACUAAAAGCUUCUUUAAAAUACAGGAUCAGUUCGAUUUACCAUGCAGCUAUCCGUGCUUCGAUUGUAAGAAUCUCAGAAGAUCCUUUCAGAUAUGCCAGCUUCAAUAUGUGUUUCGCUAAGAGAAAGUAAUUUUUAGUCUAGGCGAGAGCAUUACUCGCUCGAUGUGAUUUGCACUGAAGCAAAGCGGCGAUUCUACUCAAUCCUGAGUGAUAACUUUGUCGUGGAGGGACAUGCAAGAGCGCGAAUUUUUCACUGAGUUCAUGGCUUACAACCACUUCUUCCCACUUUUUUAAAUGCAAACAACACCGGGAUGAUUUGAACGGUAAGCUAUAGAAAUUCAGGCUGUGAGAAUUGAUUUGUUAGUUGUGCUUCGAUUCUAAGAAUCUUGAAAGAUCAAAUAUAUGAUCUCUGGCUUACCCUAUGAAUAUCUGUUUUAGUCAUGAAGGCAAGUUUAUCGAUUUGCUCUGUCUCUCUCUGUUGAAAGGUUAUGAAUUUGUGAGGUAGACAUCAAAACUUUUGUUUUCGUACAGUCGUACAAUCGUUCUUCGGUUCUCGCUACAGAAAUGAGAUAAGUUAAUCUUGCGAUUUGUUUUGGUAACACUUGCAUUGCCCCUAGGGCUUCAAGUUAUUAUUAUAAAUGUAACUUUUCAUAAUUGUAGUAGUUCUGGUCUCUUUUUCUGAAAGGAUUUUAAGACAUAUUAUUAUUUGUUCAUAUUUCAUGCAGCCUAGGGGAAACAUAACGGCAACAUAUUUAUUUGACUUGAAAUUUCAGUAGACCAAAAUUUUGUCAUUUCGUCGAGUAGUGUGGAUUUGAAUAGUUAUCCAAGGUUAUCAUAACAUUUACUGUCAAGUGAGUAGUUAAGUAUCAUCGCUUCAACUUUAUCAUUUUGCGACUCAACUUGUUGUGUGGCAAGAUAGCCCUGAGGUAAAUCCAAACGUUGUGAUUGGUUCUUACUUGGUCUGUAUUUUGCCAUAGAACUGUUUCCACGGAGACGGUCAAAAGGCGUUCAUUUUUGUUCACCGAAGCUGGCUCAAAAUAAACAGGUUUGGCCCGAGUGCCACAUAAUAUACUACAUACUAUAUGCUUGCUUUCUUGAACCGUACUGGGUAAUAUUCAGUUUGCACUCGUUCGAUUUUGUAUGCACCUCGCUGCGCUCUGUCCUUACUGUCACGACUUCGGGUCAAUAAUCCUCGGUACGGCCCUCGUGCUCGAUUAUUAAGAAUAAUGCUGUAACUGGAGAAGUUCUGUUUUAGCUACCAAAGUAGGGCUGUUUCGGUGAUUGAAAUACAGUUCUAUUUUUGGGUCUAAUUUGGCUCUUCUAGAAAAGGGUUGUUUUAGCCCGAUUGCAUUUUUGGAGUCAAUUCUUUCUUUAGAGAGAAUGAAAAUUGAUUGCUAUUUUGUGGCUAAUUUAGAUAAAUGGCUAAAUGGGCAUCAUAAGGACUGGAAUGAUGCUCAUGACAGGAGCUGUUUUGAAGAACUAUGUAAAACAGCCUCUGAAAAAAAAACUAAAGUGGUUGUUAUAUGAUGUAAAUAGGCCUCACUUCAGCCAUUUCAUAUCUGUACCAUGUAGUUGAAUGGCUUCGUAUGCAGCGCAAGUUUGAGUUGAGUUCUCACGUGAGGUUUCAGACCAAAAUUGCACAACAUGAAGUUCAAUUACCACUUCAUUACAUCCAUUUUGAAAUCACAAAUUAAAUUUCUAUUUAGGAUUGUUUAGUAUGUACAAAUGUUUUGUUGAUCCCGCAGUGAGCUUGUUUGUAGAAAGUUGCAAAAGUUGUUUUUUCAUUUUCCUGCAAUUUGAUUUAUUUCUUUAAACAAACAAUGGGUUGCUGUAUUUUAGUUGAUGUAACAAAUAAACACAUAUCUAUAUAUACACCCGUUUUUUUUAAAUAAAUACAUAUAUAUACACACCUUUUUUAUCCAUUAGGUGUUUACAGAACAAAUUAUAAGUACAAUUUUUCAAAAUUAAGUACAAUAGUUGCUGUCCAAAUGACAAAAAAAUAGUAUUGUUCCUUUGACGUGGAAUAUACAUGUAUCGUGCAUCACCUUAUUUUUUUCCCGCCAAAAUAUUGCUUACAGUAUACACUUACAUGUAAGACAUAAUAAAGCUAUACUUAGAUCUCUACGUUACAUACGUUACAUACUUUACUGACAUAAUAGUUUUUUCUUCAGUUUCCACUUACGUAAGAAUUUUCCCCUAUGAGUAAAGUCACAUGCCAAUUUUUUCAAUGUUGUAUUGAAACUUUAGGUAGUACGUCUGUAAAAUCGGGGUUAUGUCCUUCCAUAAACAUAACCACUGUGAAAUCCAGUUCAGCUGCAUUUUUACAGGCAAACAGAUUGUGUGGCCCGAGAAAAACAGAUUCAAGGGAGAAUUCAACUUCAAUUUGAGUUACUUCCUAAAUCCAAUUAGUGAGAGCGCUCCAAAGUUGAAAGAUCCGGUAAAAAGUUAACAAUUAGAAGCCCUGCACCUACGAAAACUGUAAAAUGAUCAACCAAUGCCUAAAAGAAAGGAUUCCUCGGUUAAAAAAGCUUCAAUCCUAACUGGCAUACAUCUUGAUCACAGUAGUGUAGAGCUAGGGGAAAAGUUAAUCAUUAAAAGAAUUGCACCUACAUGUACUGUUAAAUAAUCAAUCAAUACAGAAAGGAUUCCUCAGCUAAAAAAGGCUUCAAUCCUAACUAGCAUACAUCUUGAUCACAGUAGUGUAGAGCUAGGGGAAAAGUUAAUCAUUAAAAGAAUUGCACCUACAUGUACUGUUAAAUAAUCAAUCAAUACAGAAAGGAUUCAUCAGCUAAAAAAGGCUUCAAUCGUAACCGGCAUACAUCUUGAUCACAGUAGUGUAGAGCAAGGGGAAAAGUUAAUCAUUAAAAGAAUUGCACCUACAUUUACUAUUAAAUAAUCAAUCAAUGUCUGACAGAAAGGAUUCCUCAGCUAAAAAAGGCUUCAAUCCUAACUGGCAUACAUCUUGAUCACAGUAGUGUAGAGCUAGGGGAAAAGUUAAUCAUUAAAAAAAUUGCACCUACAUGUACUGUUAAAUAAUCAAUCAAUACAGAAAGGAUUCCUUAGCUAAAAAAGGCUUCAAUCCUAACUCGCAUACAUCUUGAUCACAGUAGUGUAGAGCAAGGGGAAAAGUUAAUCAUUAAAAAAAUUGCACCUACAUUUACUGUUAAAUAAUCAAUCAAUGCCUAAGAAAAGGAUUCCUCAGCUCAAAAAGCUUCACUCCCUGGCAUAUACCUUGAUCACAGAACUGUAGAGCAAAAGAGAAAAAUUAACAAAUGAAAGCAUAGUACCUACAUGUAAUUUAAAUAUUUAAUCAGUGCUUUACAGUAAGGAUUCAUCAGCAAAAAGCUUCAUUCCCAACUGGUAAAUCCCUUGAACACAGAAGUGUAUAGCAAGAAAAGACUAAUCAGUAGAUGCACUGCACCAACAUGCACUGUUAAUGAUUAAUCAAUGCCUAACACAUGGGAUUCCUCAACAAAAAGCUUCCCUCCUAAUUGGAAAUUACCUUGAUUAUGGUAGUAUUGAGCAAUGGAAAAAGGUAAUCAUUAAAGGCAAUGCACAUAAUUUCCAGUAAAAUGACCAAUCAAUGCCUACCAGUUAGGAUUCCUCAGCUAAAAGCUUAGCUUGGAGGUGGUAUAUUUUUUUAUAGAGAAAAAAAUUUUUUAUUAAGCAUUGCACAUCCAUGUACUGUAAAAUGAUCAAUCUGAGCCUAACAGUAACAAUCCAUGAGUGAAAAAAAGCUUCACUACUAACUGACUUAUCCCUUGAUCACAAUUAAGUGCAGAGCAAAGGAAACAAAUAAUCAUAAGAUGCACUGCACCUUAAUGUACAGUGAUUGAUCAAUGCCUUACAGCAAGGAUUCCUCAGCUAAAAGCUUCACUCCUAACCGGCAUAUACGUUGAUCACAAGAGUGUAGAGCAGAGGUAGAGCAUAUUACAUGGCCACGCGGUGAUACGAAUUUUAUCUUCGAGUGUAAUGAGUGAGCGAAGCGACUAUACCUAUAACAGUAGGGAUUCCUAAGCAAACAUCUUCUCUUCUAACUGGCACCUACCUUGACCACAGUAGUGUAAAGCGAGAGAAAAAAAGUGAAGCAUUUAAAGUAGUGAACCUACAGUACUUCAAAACGAUCAAUCAAUGCCUAAAGUUAAGGAUUCCUCAGCUAAAAUCUUCACCCCUGGCAGGCAUAUACCUUGAUCAUAUGUAAUGUAACGUAAUGGAAAAAUUUAUCAUUAGAAGCAUUGCACAUGCGUGUGCUGUAAACGAUCAAUCUGAGCAUAACAGCCAGGAUUCAUCAGUAAAAUGAGGCUUCACUACUUACUGGCAUAUAACUUGAUCACAUUAGUGCAGAACAAAGAGAAAAAUAAUCAUAAGAUGCACUGCACCUACAUGUACUGUAAAUAUUCAAUCAUUGCGUGACAGAAAGGAUUUUGUCAACAAAAAAAGUCUUCACUCCUGAAUGGCAAUUACCUUGAUAUCAGUGGUGUAGAGCUAGGGGAAAAAUAAUCACCUAUACAUAGUGUAGAAUAAUCAAUCAAUGCCUAACCGAAAGGAUUCCUCCGCAAAGAAUUUUAUUCUUUACACCCAUCUACUUUGAUCACAGUAGUGUAGAACAUGAGAAGAAAUUAGUCAUUUGAAGCAUUGCACCUAUACGUACUGUAAAAUUAUCAAUCAGUGCUAAACAACAAGGAUUCCUCAUCCAAAAAUCUUCAUUCCUAAUUGGUAAAUACCUUGAUCACAAUAGUGUAGAGCAGGGGAAAAAAUAAUAAGAAGAACUACUGCUCCCACAAUUUACUUGGAUUAAUCAAUUAAUGAGUAACAGUGAAGAUUCCUCAGCCAAUAGCUUUAAUCCUAACUAACAUAUACCCUGAUCACAGAAGUAUAGAGCAAGGGGAAAAUUAAUCCUUAAAUGCAGUCGUAUGUACACUGUAAAAUGAUCAGUUAAUGCCUAACAGUAUAGAUUGCUCAGCUGAAAGCUUAACUCCUUAGUGUCUCAUUCCUUCACCACAGUGGUGUAGGGCAAGGGAAAAAUUAAUCACUAGAAACACUGCAUCUAAAUGUGCUGUAAAAUGCUCAAUCAAUGCUUUAAAGUUAAGAUUUUUUAGCUAAAGCCGUACUCCUUACUGGCAUAUACUCUGAUCACAGUAGCGUGGAGCAGAGGAAAGAAGAAAUUGAUCAUUUGAAAAUCAAUCAAUCAAUCAAUCAAUGAAAGAAUCAAUCAGUGUUUAAAGGUACGAAUCUCUCAGGAAAAUACUUUUCUCCAAACUGACAUAUACCUCGAUCACAUAAAAGUAUGAGUAUCGGAUUACUUAUGCAUACUUGCCUAGGAUGAGGCCGAGUGGAUAGUCCCCGUAACGAAGCAAGCCACGUAAAUUAUGAUCACGAGGGAAUCGGAUGUCCGCAACUUGACUCUUGUUUGCAAAAAAGUUAAAUCGCUACAAUAAGUAGCUGUGUAAAACUCUCCGUCCCUUCGUUCGUUAAAACCUCUGACACUCUCUGACAUGCGUGCUAGCUGAGAGAAUGAGCUCUCAAAGAUAUCUGGGACUAACCAGUGUUGGUAACCAUGCAGGCUUUUUUUUUUUAAACAAAAGCAUGUCGAGUUAAGUACAAAUAAUACUUCUCAAAUACUUACUUGAUAUUCUCCCAAUAGUUUUCGAUGGAAAUCCAUGUUUUAACGGCCUCUAUGGUGAACCAUUCGGUGGACUUCUCUAUGUUUAAAUGGUCGGUUCUAGUUAUGAAUGAACUGAGCUUUUUUUUCUUAAAUCCUGGCAGAGUAAUCUCGCUGACAGAAUAGGAAGCAGCUCUAACUGAUCAUGAGAAAAUGUUGCUUCAUACUGCAGCUGAACAAAAGGCAUGGUGAAGCAAAUGGUUACGACCAAUGAGAGGCUUAAACGUCUGUGAAUAUAUGAAAGUCAUAUACUUGAACUGCGGAUAAAGACGUGAAUAUGAGCGAUCUUCGUAGUAAUGAACACCACUUGAGCAAGCACUGCUCUGGUAUCGCAGAGGUCAUGGGCUCAAAUCCCGUACACGUCUGAAUUUUUUUCAGGCCUUAUUUUCACUACUGCCCAAGCAGUGUUCAUUACUGCGAAGAUCGCUUUCAUAUUCACAAUGAGAGGCUCACAACCUUUUGUUCACUUUUCUUCACUUUUCUUAGACAACCUUACGUUACAAUUCGCCUUUGUAAUUUCUAGCCGAGUUUGUUUUGUGAGAGGACCAUUCAUCAUGGCAAUCCCUCAGGCACAGAAUUCUACCUAACGCAAGAUCGAAAACGGUCCAUGAAAAUGGCUGAGAUGGCCCAGUUAGGGCUAACUGACCAUGAAUAGAAAUGCUUCUCCCAAUUUGUGAAGUUAUUGGACACCAUUCCCAUUAAAUGUCUCUUGCAUUGAUAUAUGUCCUUUUUUCAGCUGGAAUCCUCUUGUUAUUUCUGGAGCCUUAUCGAAAUGUAAUGAAACAGGAGCUUAAAUGACCGGUGAAACAUAGCUCUGAGAUCGAUUGAACACUACCUCGCAUUGUCACUGUUGUUCCUAACUGUCCCACAAUUCAUGAUCACUUACAUGCGACGAUGAAGCUUUAGCAAGGUGUUUAUUAACGUUGUCAUAUUAACUAAAGCAGGAUAGUUUUACGAUCCUUAUAGAUAUCAAGUAUCCUGGCGAAGUAACCUGAGACAAGUAUAUGUCUAGAUCAAAGCUUCAUAUCGCUUCUUUGAAAACUCAACAGAUUCCUUGAGCGACAUGUUACAAUAUAGCCCGCCAUGUUGAAGGGUAGAACUAUCGGUUAAUAUCCAGUAACAAUAAUAUACCACUGAAGUGCUAAUUUGCUCUUCCGGUUUGAUUGAGCCUUUACCGGAAUAGCAGGAUAAUUCUCUUCAAAACUUCAGAGAAUUUCCUCUCUAAACAUUACUUCAGUUGUAGAAACACUGGAAAAAAAAACACCUCCUUUAACUCAUAUUGACUUUGCUUUAAUUAUUUAAUUUUUUUUUUUCUCAGGUCUUAUUUCAGCUACUAGUUCAGUAGUGUUCAUAGCUGCGAGGAUCUCUUAUAUUCGUUUUUUCACCGCAGUGCACAUAUAUGAUUUUCAUAUAUCUUACAGUCAUUAUUUUCUUUGAUUAGUUAUCCAUCACUAAGUUCCUGUCCAGCUAGCUAGUUAACUCAUGUCAAUAAUAAUAUCUAAACAUUUUCCAAAUAAUUUGGCAUAUCAUUUUAUCACAAUCGAUUUUAUGCUACAUAAACCAAAUAGGUGACUGUAUUUCUAAGAUAUUUUAGAAUCAGACAGCCAAAGGCUGAUCAGCAUUGACUCUGAGUACUGAAUAUCAUAACCAUAUUAUUGAUCACAUAAUUAUUCCCAGGAACCUGUUGAACAUGGCGGACGCUACCAUCACUGAAAGCACGAGUCAAGCAACAAGCAAAAGAAAACCACUAGAGGUAGAUGUUAAAGUGCCAGAGGUUGAAAAUCUCCCGCAGCACUCAGAGCCUUGGAAAAACGUCCAAAACAACUCUCUGCCGGUCCAUUUUCUUUUGCUGACGGUAAAUGACUGCGAAUUCCGAAGCUGUCUUUCCUUUCUCAAAGAAGAUUUUGUGAAAAGUUAUCGCAAAACCCUUGGCUUUGUAUACUUUGGAAGUAUCCUUGACAACGAGAAAGUGAAGGUUGCAGUGAUGAAAUGCAAUAUGGGUGGUGCCGCUCCCGGUGGUUCCCUGGUUGUUGUCCCGAAAGCGGUCCGCAUCUUGAAGCCCAAAGCUGUGUUUAAUGUGGGUUUCUGUGCUAGUUUGAACAAGGAGAAAGCAAAGCUAGGUGAUGUGGUCGUGUGCUCAAAGUUAAUAACCUACGCCUUCAUAAAACAAGAGGAUUAUAGGAUCGAGGAGCAAGGUGUCAGAGUUCCUUUAAAUAAGGGUCUAUCAGGUAUUGCCAGACACAUUGGAGAUGGAUGGAAACCACCCGUGAAGAACUCAACCGAUCUGAAGGUGAAACCAAGCACGAAUGGCGUAUUUCUGAGUGGGCCUGAGGUGAUUAACGACCCAAAACGACUUGCUGCACUGAUGAAACGAUUUCCAGAAGCAACAGCAAUUGAGAUGGAAGGGGAAGGUAAUAAAUGAAAAGUAAAAGUACGUAUUUCAGACUAUUUAUAUCUGUACGGGGUCCUGUUUGGCCGUCCGUCUUUCUUUCUGUCUUUCUGUCUUUAAUGUCUGUUGGUCUCUUUUUCUAUCUGUUACACAUGCCAGGAUACAUACAGCUGCUGAAUCAAGUUAAGUUUCACCACCAUUUCAUUUUUAUUUUGUAAAUCAAUUUUUUUCUGGAAUGUUGAUGGAUAAUCACUGUAAGAAGUAUUUUUGACUGCCUUGUCCUCAAAAUCAAUAAAAAGUGGCAAGUUACACUAAAAUUUUAGCCCAACUUACAUUCAUAACCAUAAGAAUCGAUUCUCAUUGAGCUUGGCACCUGCGAACGAAAUAAAUUAUGUCCAAGUGAUGGAAUAUCGGAUACAGUUGAACGGAAGUUGCAGGAGAAGUAAAAUCCACAUUACAAACAUCAAAACAAAUUAAAGCUAGAACAACGAAGAUUACAACUCUGAUGCCUUUCGUUUGUUGUCUGUUUGAUAUUUUACUCAUUUUUCGCUCUCUUUAUUUCUUCCUUGCAUGCUCCCCAUUACCUUGUAUGACAACUAUUUCGCUGUUUCUAUCUGUCCUUCCAUGAGUCUCUCUGAUAACUGUCUGCCAGUGUCUCUUUCUAACUGAUUUAAAAUAAUAUGUAAUUUCUUUAAUCGUAGCACAACUGCAAGGAUCAUAUCUUUGCUAAUAUUUACUGAUAUACUUAUCCAUUUACUUAUUUAAAAAGGCAAAGUGAAAACCCGGCGUCUAUUCAGUAUCUCUUAUAAACCAAUGCUUUUCUUUAAGGUCUUUACGCAGCCGCCCAUGAUCUCAACAUUGAAUGGAUUGUCAUUAAGGGCGUGUCAAACUUCGCCGAUGGAAAAAAAUCUGAAACUGAUCAUUGGAGACUAUUUGCCAGUGUUAUGGCGGCCUCUCUCGUUGCACACAUUCUAAAAGAUUCUGGUAUUUUUGAGUCCUGGCCUCACUUCGAAGGUAAUUAUGCAGUUGGUUGAAAAAGUAGAUACUUUUAUCAAGGAACUCUACAUUAAAAAAAAAAAAAAUCCACAAGCAAGUUAUCGUCAGUAUGACUAGGAUUUGCUGUAUAAAAACGCUGUUUAACGAUGUCGCGCAGACGAAAGUUGCAUGAUGUGAUUUACAGUGGCAACCGAUUCUCAUGACGAGCUGCUCCUAAGUGGCGUGAACUAGACACUGCCAGUCCUGAGAGCAAAGAAACCAGUAUACAUCAAAACAAACAGAAUAAAAGGAAAUAAAAAGUUUUAAGAUCAUUCCUAACAAUCACCGCUUGCGAGGUCUAAGGUUCAUUGAAUAAAUAUUAAAGAAUUAAUUUAACUGAUGGAUAUAUGAAAAAUUACACAAUAAAUAACAGGAGCCACAGACAGCCCAAGCGCACUAUGUGUGAUUUUGGGGUUUAAAUAUCAUUAACAGGAAUACCUGAUAAAUUAAGAUUGAUUUUGUAAGCGUUAGUGUGUGCCGUAAAAAAAAAAUGAUGAUAAAAAAAUUUAAAAAUAUACAAAAAGUCUCCUUACCUUUAUUCCGUGGCCGCUUUGUCGCUUCCGGCCAUUUUAACGCUAUUAGUCGAAAUUCUUAGUACUGCGUGUUGUGCACUAUUUUAUAGCUUCUACUGUCAUUUGCACGUUUAUUAUCAUUAUCAUUUUUUUAUAGGACACGCUUGAGUUUCAUUUAAUUUAUUAGAUAUUAAAGUAAAUGGUUUGAAACCAGGAGUAUCAGUAGUUCGUGUAGUGUGAUCGUCCGGGUGAGUGUAGUUCUGAAAAGAACUGUUGUUGGUGACUGACGUUUCGACUAUCUGUGCGGUAGUCAUCUUCAGAGUCAAGUGAAGAGUAGUUGUCAGUCGAUGAUGUUAUAAAUUCUGGUCUGCUGAACGUGAUUGGUCUGUUUAGCCGUGAUGUGAUUGGCUGGAAGACUCGUGUAGAGUUUGUUAACAGUCAUUGGUCGGUUUCGAUCCGUCUGUUGUUUGUCGGUCUGUUUUUCGGUUUGUUCACGUCGUUAAUGAGUCGUUUGUAAGGUGCUGGUAACUGUUGAAAUUUGUUGAGAGGCUUCUGUUCUAAGUUAGUCAACCAGCUUUCCAGAGUUAGUCGCUGAAAAUAGUUUGUACUGUAGGUUAAGCAUAUAGCAGAGUCCCAGUCAAUUCUGUGAUUAGUUUGUCGGUGAUGUUCAGAAAUGUGAUUGUUUACAUCGCCAUUUCUAGUUGCUCGUUUGUGUUCAGUUAGUAGCGUGUUAAGGUUUCUACCAGUCUCACCAAUGUAGGAGGCCUGGCAGUCGGAGCAUUCGAUCUUAUAAAUCGCUCCCUGUCUGUUGUUGGGUUCGUCUUUGUCUUUAACUUUGGUCUGCAAAUGUCGUAAAGUAGUAAUAGGCCUGUGAGCUACGCCAAUGUUGUAAGGUUGUAGGAUCCGCGCGAUAGCAUCAGAAGUGCCUUUGAUGUAGGGUAUAGAAGCUGUAGUCGUGAUAGAUGUGGAUUCCCUGUUAGUUUUUUUUGUGUCGGUCGCCCUAUGAGUGUUUCGUCUAAUGAAGUCAGUGUUGUAGUUGUUUUUGUCAAAAACACGGUCAAGGUACUUGUUUUCGUCAGAUAAACUGUCCGGUGUGUUGCAAACAAGUUGCGCUCGUCUUGUCAAUGUCUUGAUAGUCGUAGCUUUGUGAGAAGUUGGGUUGAUAGAUAUUAGAUAUUCCUGUUAAUCACCUUUAAACCCCAAAAUCACACACACAGUACGCUUGGGCUGCCUGUGCAGGAGCCAACCUAUUGGUACAGAGACGGUUUUUGUCAGUUUUUAUGCAUAAAAGAUGCGGUUUAACUCUUCUCCGACAAUGAACCCAUACUUUGGUGCUCCUUUGAUCUAUUCUAGUUAAGAGGAUAACUGAAAGUGGCCUUUUUGAGCCUUUUAAUUAUCUUGUGUUUCACGAAAUGCAAUAUGUUUAACUGUAGGUACGAUUUCUUGUCAUUUUAUACAGACAAUUCGGAUGCUGAAGAUGGUUCUCCUCGAAAGAGAAGACGGUCGUCAUCUUCUCCUUCCGGUUCAGACCCUAAAAGAAACAAAGCGACAGCAGGUAAUAAUGUUUAAUUUUUAAGUACACUGUUGUAAGAAAAUGCCUGCUCAAGAGUUUUGUUAAGUAGCGUGGAACAAAUUAAUUUCAAAAUUUGUCCAAAUAUUUUGUGUUGGUGGCCCAUAGUAGCAACUAUCAUGGCUAAAAAGCACAAUUCUUUAACCAGAGUAUAAAUUGCAAAUGAUGCCGGGUAGCGAGAGGGGAGGAGGAGGAAAGAGAAGGACGAAGAGAGAGAGGAGAGGAGUAAGAGAAAAACGAGAAAUUGAAAGGAGGAGAGGGAGGUAUGAGAUGGAUGAAGGGAGAGAGUAAGAGAAGGAGGAAGGUUGGGAGGGUGGAGGAAGAUUGGAGACAAGGACAAAGGGAUGAAUGGAAGGAGGGAAGAAAAUAAGAAGGAGUGGAGGAGGACAGAAAGAAGGGCAGAGGAAUCGUAGGGAGAGAAGUAGCAAGGAAAGGGGGAGGGGAGGAAGAAAAGAAGGAACAAUGAAGGUGGUUAGAGAGUUAAUAUAAUCCAUUCUCGUCUUUCAGGAGAUUCUUUUGUACAAGGUGCACCGCAGGAACCUUCAACUCGAAGAGGACGGCGAUCCACACGAUCCAGUGGUAGUGAACCGCGUGCUACUCAAGGUAUUGUACCAAAAAAAUCUUGUUAAUUCCGUAAAUGAUAAAUCUAAGAAGAAUUAUAGGGAAAUUCCCAGGUUCAGUAAUUGAACUCAACAGUAAUGCCUAUUAACUCUGUCAACGCUUUGUUUGAUUUUCGCCUUUAAUUCAUUUCCUUAAAGAAGCAUCCAAUUCAGCAAAAACAAUUCUUGUUUCAUUAUAUAAGUAACUGAAAUCGAGAGGAGAGACUUGUAGUCAGAGGACGUAGUUCAUGGCUUCUUUAUUUAUGAAGUUAUCCUAAUGAUUUUUUGCUUUCCGAGCAGUUUUAUUUUUUCAAGGAAAGUCGUUUCUCUCCUAUUCCAAAUACCUUCUUCCCAAAUCCUUACAUUCCUCAAGGCCAACUUUUUAGUAUCAAACGAUAUUAAAAAGGUGAAUCACCUUUCGCCGCAUUUUUUCUCCUUUUGCCAGAGCUUUGAAGCACCCCUUUUUAUUUUUCCCUUCCCUUUUACCAUUAUUAUUCCCUCGAUUGUCUAUGUCUAAAAAAAAUCUUCACUUGCCAAGUUGUCAUCGCACAGUUUGUUAUCGGACAUUUCAAUAAGCCAAUCACGCUCAAAGUUGCAGUUCAAAUCAACCAAUCACAUUCAAAGUUGAAGUUUUAAUCAACCAAGCACAACCUUGGUUUCAAUCACCAUAGAAACAGAGCGACAUUAAACAAUUUACGCCUUCUUUGUCAGUUUCUUAAUGCAAAUUGUCCCUUUCUUUCUCAACUUGCCUAUUCUUCUUUCCUCAGAAAUUGUAAUUUUUUAUCAUUAAUUGAGUCGAGUUUCUUUGUACUGCAUGUUGUACACUAUUUUAUAGCUUCUAUUAUCAUUUUAAAUACUUUUUAAUAUUCUUUUAUUAUUUUUCUCUUUUUACGGUACACGCUUGAAUUUCAUUUAAUUUAUAAGGUAUUCCUGUUAAUCACCAUUAACCCCCAAAAUCACACUCACAGUAUGCUUGGGCUGCCUGUGCAAGACCCAGCCUAUUUGUACAAAGACAGUUUUGGUUAGUUUUUAUGCAUAAGAGAUGCCGUUUAACUCUUCUCCGAAGAUGAACCCAUGCUUUGGUGCUCUUUUGAUCUAUUUUAAUUAAGAGGGUAACUGAAAGUGGUCUUUUUGAGCCUCUUAAUUAUCCAGUGUAAUACGAAAUGCAAUAUGUUUAACUGUAGGUACGAUUUCUUGUCAUUUUAUACAGACAAUUCGGAUACUGCAGAUGGUUCUCCUCGAAAGAGACGACGGUCGUCUUCUCCUUCCGGUUGAGACCCUAAAAGAAAAAAAGCGACAGCAGGUAAUAAUGUUUAAUUUUUAAGUACAAUGCUGUGAGAAAAUGCCUGCUUAAGAGUUUUGUUAAGUAGCAAGGAAAAAAUUAGUUUCAAGAUUUGUCGAAUACUUUGCGUUUGUAGCCCAUAUUACCGAAUAUCAUGGCUAAAGAUCACAUUUCUUUAACCAGAAUAUAAAAUACAAGUGAUGCCGGGUAGUGAGAAGGAAGGGAGGAAGAAAGAGAAGGAGGAAGGAAGAGGAAAGGGGAAAUUGAGAGAGAGAGAGGGAGAGGGAGGUUUGCGAUGGAUGGAGGGAGGGAAAGGAAAGUCGUUUCACCCCUAUUUCAAAUCCCUUUAAACCCUGAAAGUCCUCAAGGCUAAUGUUUUGUAUCGAAUGAUAUUAAAAAGGUGAAUCACCUUUCGCCACAUUUUCGUCCACCAUCUGUCAGAGCCUUGAAACACCCCUUUUUUCAAUCACCAUAGAAACGGAGCGACAUUAAACAAUUCACGCCUCUUGUGUCAGUCUUUUACCGCAAAUUGUCCCUUUCUUAUAUAACUUGGCUAUUCUUCUUUUCUCGGAAAUCAUAAUUUUUUAUGAGUAAUUGGUAAUAAGAUUUCGUGUCGUCCAAUUCUGUCUGUAAUCAUACUCGUGAUAAACAAAUUGGUGUCCCGCUGCGCGGUCGUCCGAUUGUGUUCAUCACUCGUAUUAUUACAGACCGAAUUGGACUCCACUCAGUUCUAUGACCGUUACUUAUCCUCAGCUCCAGUCAAGGCUGGCGGACCAUCAAUUGACGAGUUAGAAGAUCUCUCUCUGGAACUUGGAGGAAAAUGGGAGGAAUUAGGAAGACGCCUGAGAUUUAACCAAGCCGCAAUAACUGGCUUUGAUGAAGAUAAUAGAGGGCUGAAAAAGAAGGCUUUUAAAAUGUUAAUGGCUUGGAAACAAAGGGAAGGCUCAAAUGCCACUUAUAAAGUUUUGUGCGAUGCCUUGUGCGACAAAAAGGUCCAAUGCACACUUCUUGCUGAACAGUUUUGUUGCGAAUGAGAUUGUAAAAAUUGCCUGUCCUUAAUAAUCUACUCUAAAAGAUUGAGUCAUCUAUAUCACUUAGUAUUUCUGUCUGAGUACUCCAUAAAGCAUCAACGCACUUUUGCACUAAGUUAGGGGUUCAUUUUCCUUGUCACUGAAGAUAGGGAAAACGUAGUUUUAGAGAAUAUAUAUUUACUGCUAUUUUUCACUAAAGAACCGCUGGCCAAAGAACAUCAAGAGGUUGGAACUCAAUCAAAUGUUUACAAAAUGCUGAUUACAUUCCCACUCUGAAGUAUCAUGAUUGGCUGCUUUAACUGACCGAUUACAGUUGUCCGAUUACACUGUCCGAUUACAACGGUACACAGUGAUUAGUGAAAUAUAAAGCAGUUGAUGUACUAAUCCCAUUUAAGAAAUUGUAAGGGUUAUGAUUAAGUAAUUUAUAUACAAUUUGAUAUGUCUGAGUACUCCAGAGAAGAUCUGUAUCGUCUUGCAUUUGUGAACUCCGCUUAUUUUCCUAGCUCUUGAAGACAGGGAAAAUAUUAGCUUUAGAGAAUAGAUAGUCACUCUUACUUUUCACUUAAGAACCACAGGUUAAGGAACAUGGCGGUUGGAAUUCAUUCAAAUGUUCGUAACACGCUAAGCACACUCCCAACCAAAAUCAUCCUCAUAUAUCCUUCACAUUCUGACAUUAAAAUGUACAUUCUCCUUACUAUUCUCUUUGCAUUUUUUAUGCAACUGACAAGGAUAAUUGCGUGUUUAACAAAUCAAAAUUGGCUUUGGUUGCUGAUCAUUUCCUUUGUUCUUGUAAACUUAUUUUUCAAUUAAUGAGUGAUACUGUAAGUAGAAAUAAGAUGCUAGACACAAUUUAAGUUUAAGGGAUAAUCGUUUGUGGCAAGAAUAGAAUAUGUAGUAACUUCUUGUUCUUGUGAGUUAGAUUUUUCAUGUAUCCGGUGUGGUGGAUAUAUGCUUAAAAUAUAUAACGGUCUCAGGAGCUGGGAGCCGUAGGAGCUAGGCUGUAAAUAAAGAUCAAGGAUAUAAAAU